AUCUGCAGUUUGAUCAAUGUGGGAAUAUUACGUAUUUUAAUGUAUUUUUUUAAUAACCCUAUCAUGUGUGGGCUGGCAUGGUCUACUGCAGUAUAUCCUUACACGUCUGGUUUAUCUUGGAGUCGUCCCUAUGAAGAGCGGAUACCGAGCUUCGUGCAACACAUUACGGACAUGGUUGUAGAUGUGCUCAUUACAAUAUUACACAAAAUGGCAGUAAAGGACAAUUGUGGCACAGCUUAGUCCACUGUGGAAAAUGUGUUUCGAAACUGUCUAGCUGAGCAGAUCUUCCUGUGUGUAGCGGAAACCAGAGGGAGAGGUCGCCCAAGUGCGUGGAUGCGCAUAAUCGUGGUGUGAUCGGUAAUAGGUCUGUGAAGCACAACUGUUGAAACGGCUCGCUCGAUGAGUGUGAGUCGACCAGAGAGAGAGAGAGGGAGAGUUGUUCCAGUUGGUCACCGAUAUUUUCCAGCCACAGUGUACAGGCUCGCUCAGUAUUCCAUAUGCCGGAUAUGCACUUUCAAGAGGAUGGCUGUACCAGAACACACUUCGGGAAGAUAUUCUCAAGUCCAAACAGAGAAUGACACUCUGUCAGCCACAUAUGCAAUGCAGAGAGAACAUAGAUACAUCACAUGUACCCGUGACCUCUGACAGCGUAUAUCACAGGGACAGUGACGUACGACAUCAGAUGUCACGAGUAUCACUGAUCUGUGGACGGAGACCGAGAAAUACAUCAUUAAUAGUCCAGUCCAGUAACAGCUGUGCAUUAAUCUUCCCCGAGUCGACAAGAUAGAUAAUCUUUACUUGACUGCUUAUGUUUGCUUACGUGCCUGGUCACGGCACAGGUUCACAUAUAUGCCGUGUUUUAUCUAAUAUUACGUUUCCAAGCGUUGUCGUAUGGCAAUGUGUCCAACGAGCAUUGAUAGGCCAACAUUUUGUGUUGACAUUCACACGAAGUUUCUGUUAAAUUUGACUUUGGCAAAACUAAUUCCUUUUGAACUUUAGAAUUGUCACUGUUCGAAGCUAUCAGAAAACAAAUUAUUUCUGAAUAGUACUUCCGGUUAUAGCUCAGACCCGAGAGGGUCAUUUUGAUAGAGUGUGUACAAUCAUCAGGUAUUUUUACACGACUGACGUUAUUUAAUUAGCUAAGAUUGUUUUGUGGGGUUUUUUUUUUAUAAUGUAACGUGGACUAUUCGUUGUUUUUAAAACUUUAAAUAACACAAAACAAGAUAUGCAAAUGUUAUAGAAUGUGUAAUGUGUCGUCUAUUAUAUAUGAACAUAAUGCUAUAUAUUUUUUAUUAUUGGUUAAGAUUAUUUUUCUUCGUAAAUGAUAGAUGUUUAAUUAUUUGCUGAGAAAUUAAAUAAUGUAUGACAAACAUUAUAUUAGUUAAUUAAAUACUUGCGUGAUAAAAAUUCUAGUAUUUCUAUAAUACCAUAACAAUGGGGAUAUCUUUCUGUUGUAUAAAGACAUGCAAUGUUAGACUCACGAGGAUGUGCAAGCUCGUACUACUAUGUGUUCUAGUGGGCGUCCUGCCGUUGCUGAAGCUGUUGGUGCCUGCACCAUUGCAGCAAGCAGACAGCUAUUAUGUGUUCCGGCUAUUUAUCGACAAACAGGAAUUUCCAGUGGAGGUUGAAAGUUCUCGUGUGAACAGUAGGAAUAUUUCAGUACAAAUAGAUAAAAACAUGAUAGAGAAUCAUUUGUUGAAAAUGGGACAUCUACCAGACAAAAGUAUGUACGAAAAUGAUUCACUUCUCCUUCAUUUCAUGCCGUUAAUGUCCCCACGUGAUCGUGUCAAUCUGUUAAUCACUUUGGAAACAUUUGUAAGGAUCUGUGAACAAGAGAAUCUGACCUACUUCCUGUGGGGAGGGUCGCUUCUCGGCGCUUACAGACACCAUGGCUUUAUUCCUUGGGAUGAUGACUUUGAUAUCGUCAUGAACGGAUCGGACUGGAGGAGAAUUCGUAGUGUAUUGUCCCACGUCGAGGGAUACGGUCUACAAGCUCCCGGCGACAAUCACUGGAAGUUUUACAAGGAGGAUCUAUUACCAGUUCCAGAGCAAUUGUUUACGUGGCCAUUUCUUGAUAUCUUCUUCUACCGAGAUGACUUAACGUACAUGUGGGCUUUGUCUACAUCAAUCAAGUUCGAACUGGUCAAUCCCAUCGAGGACAUCUUCCCACUUCAGUUACGCGCUUUUGAACAUCUCUUUGUUGCCGUACCCUGCAAGAUGGAGGAAAUUGUCCUUCUUCUGUACGGAGUAAAUGACUGUUACUCGCCCAGCUGCACUCACAAGAACGGCAACCCGAUCAAUUCUGUGUACAUGCCAUGCCAACAGUUACACAGCAUUUUUCCUUUCGUUUUCCGGCAAAAAGAUAGCAAUUCAGGAACUGUUCUUGAAACACUGAAACAAGGGAAUAGAAUAUUCAGAAAUGUUUCAGUCCCCCAACAGCAAUGUGCAAGGAGAAGAUGAUGCGUGGUGAACACAGUGUAUCUCAGACAGCAGUUAAGACAUUCCCAACGUCCACACAUUUGAUUCCACAUGAAAUAUACUUGGAGCCGUUAUAAGCAUAAGGAUGACAAACACAUGUUGUAUUUGCCACAAUUUAAUGUGUUAACCUGAACUAUUCCAUAAUGCUCCAAAAGUAGGAUGCGUAUAUAUAUGUUUUGUUUGUUUACUAUUUGUUUUAUUCGAUUUAGAACAGUCCUAGAACAAAUGUUCCAAUGUUUCCAGCUGUGUAUGAAAAAUCUCAGAGAUAAAUGAUUCUAUAUAUUCUAUUUUAAAAA